AUGAUUUCACCAGGUGGGCGUGGCAAAAGACUUUAUAAGGCAUAUGUUGCAGUCUUUGUAUGCUUUACCACUCACGCAGUUCACUUAGAUAUUGUGUCAUCUCUAACGUCUGAAGCCUUCAUCGCUUGUUUAAAACGCUUCACAUCACGUCGCGGACUGUGUCGUGAUCUGUACUGCGACAAUUCAACGAACUUUGUCGGGACUCGACAUGUUUUAAGGGAAUUAGCAGACAAAUUCAAUGAUCAACAAUUCAAGAAUGAUGUAUCUUGUUGGUGUACAAAUCACAACAUCGAAUUUCACCACAUACCAGCAAGAUCACCGCAUUUUGGAGGCUUGUGGGAGGCUGCCGUUAAGGCAGCUAAGUUUCAUCUCAAUCGUUGCUGUUUGAAUAUGAAUCUGACUUACGAAGAAAUGCAAACUCUAAUCACACAAAUUGAGAGCAUCUUAAAUUCUCGUCCCAUAAUUUUCCUUUCCUCAGAUCCUAGUGAUGAACAAGUACUAACGCCUGGUCAUUUUCUUGGAGGUGGACCUUUAAACGCAUUACCAGAACCAUUGCGUAACGAAGACGUCAACAUAACAUCUUUAAAACGUUUUCAUCGUAUUGUAUUUGUACAACAAAAAUUCUGGUCUCGUUGGUCUAAGGAAUAUCUAACCACACUUCAACGCAGGAAUAAAUGGUCCUCUCAAGCAACUAAUUUAACAAUGGGUACACUGGUUUUGAUUGGCGAUGACAACUUACCUCCACAACAUUGGGCAUUGGCAAAAUUUUAA